AUGGGGGUCUUCCCCUGUACAGGAACAGAUAUGGGGGUCUUCCUCUGUACAGGAACAGAUAUGGGGGUCUUCCACUGUGGCGCUGUCUCCCACCUCCUCCGUGUGGCCCCUGGGCCCCUGUUCCGCACAGAGGGCUCCUCAGUCUUCCUCUGGUGUAAUGCCAGUGGUCUCUCAGUGGGGGCCUUUGAGUGGUCGGUGUUCCAGGAACAUUCCCCCCGGAGAAAGCUGCAGAUUGUCAGCUCUGCGGACCCCGACUUCUCCUACGCCAUCUUCCAGGAGGGGCAAGAGGAGAUCUACCUGGAAAGGGUGGGAGAGGACCUCGCCCGCCUCCAUAUCACCCACCUGAGGGCACAGGAUGCUGGGGAGUAUGAAUGUUACACCCCAAACCCCACCCACAGGUACCACGGGGCGUACAGCGCCAGCGUCACCCUAAAAGUGAUCCCGGCCUUGCUGCGAGUCUCCGUGCUCUCACCCCAGGAGCUUACACUCCAUGAGGAUGACCCCCUGAGGAUGGUAUGUGAAGUCUCCUCCAGCCGGGCACAGCACACCCACUUCUCCAUCACCUGGUACAGGGAGGAGUCAGACUCUACCCAGCCCCUCAUCAGCCUCUCCAAGCUCUCCGUCGUAUCCACAGGACCUCCCUUCCAGGACCGUCACCUGGCCGGCCAACUUCGUCUGGAGAAAGUGUCACCCGUCUGGUAUCAGCUGACCAUGCCCAGCCUGCAGCCCACUGACCAGGCCAAGUACCACUGCCAGGCCACCGAGUGGAUCCAAGACCCGGAUGGGACCUGGUACCCGCUGACCACCACGAGGAGCCAGGCCAUUCGAGUCUUCGUCCGGUCAUCGUCAGGGACCCUGCUGAUGGAGCGAGCGCCAG